AUGUCUUUGAGCGAUCUGAACGACGAACGCGUAUUGGUUGGAAUUCCCGCCAUUAUCUACAUUGGCGUUCUUAUGAUAAUUGGUACAAUCGGCAAUGUUAUCGUCUGCUACGUGUUUGGAUUUCGCAUGCGCAAAACAACGACCAACUGUUUUAUCAUCACUCUCGGCAUUUUCGAUCUUCUCUGCUGCUGUAUUGGGAUGCCCACCGAGCUUCUUGACCUUCGAUAUCCCUACAUGUUUCCUUCGGACCUGCUCUGCAAAAUGCUGCGCUUCAUCACCUUUCUAACGAACGGAGCAUCAAGCCUCAUCCUUCUAGUCAUUUCCAUUGACCGCUACCGGCGUGUGUGUCAUCCACUGAAGGUUCAAAUAUCUCCGAAACUGGCACGCAAGAUUUCGGCCGUGACCACCGUUAUAGCCGCUGUCUUGACGUGGCCCACUCUCGUCAUAUUUGGAAUCCGGACGACACCCACCCGAUUUGGUUUUGUCAACGGGUCUGACUGUUCCAUCGCUGACAACAUGAAAAACACGCUCUACCCGUCUCUGUAUUACUUCAGUAUCUUAGGCAUAAUUUUGAUGUCGUUUGUUUUCAUGAUUAUCUGCUAUUCACUGAUCUGGCGGCAAGUCUGGAGGAGAUCUCGCGGCCAGAUACCUGGCGAGAAUUCCACGCGAGAUGAAGAGAAACUAUCGGUACGCCGCGUCACCAAACCGCGGGCUAUGGGCAAAACGAACAUGACUGUCUUUUUGGUAACGUUACUCUUUAUUAUAUCGUUCAUGCCGGGAUUGUCAGUGCGAAUCAUCGAAGCCAUUAAAAAGUUCUCCAAGUCUUCCACGCCGACCAUAUCGAGUAUCAAAAAGCUCGUGUUGCGUUCGUAUUUUCUUAGUAACGCACUCAAUCCCGUCAUUUACGGGUUCUGCAACGAGUCAUUCAGAAACGAGGUGAGGAUACUGAUUCGCAAAAUGAAAAAAGGCUGCUGCGGCAAGGACGACUCGAAGCUUCCCUCUGUCACAAACUCAGUGAAUAUGUCAGGAAGGAUAUCCUGA